GGGACGGCGCACUAAAGCUUCCGAAGAAGUCUACACCAUCGGGAAGGGCGGCAGAGUGAAGCACUUCGUUGUCGACAAGUUCCCAAUUCCAGCACCACCAACACCGCCGACAUGGGUCACUCUCACGGUUUGAGAUCCGGCACUCGGUAUGCCUUCAGCCGUAACUUCAAGGAGCACGGCCAGAUCCGCCUGUCGACCUACCUGAAGACCUACCGGGUUGGCGACAUCGUGGACAUCAAGGUCAACGGUGCCGUUCAGAAGGGUAUGCCCUACAAGGUCUACAACGGUAAGACCGGUGUUGUCUACAACGUCACCAAGUCCUCCGUCGGUGUCCUCCUCUACAAGGUUGUCCGCAACCGCUACCUCGAGAAGCGCGUCAACAUCCGCAUCGAGCACGUCAAGCACUCCCGUUCCCGUGAGGACUUCAUCAAGCGUGUCAAGGAGAACGCCGAGAAGAAGAAGCAGGCCAAGGAGCAGGGUGUCCACCUCCACCUUAAGCGCCAGCCCGUCGGUCCCCGUGAGGCUCACGUCGUCGAGGCCGCCGCCCCCGAGACCAUCACUCCUAUCCCCUACGACACCCACAUCUAAACGAAUAGAAUGGUCAGGUCGAUGCGGUUGUUUGGUGUUUCUGGGUUUUGCCAUCUAAGGGUGGAUUUUGCAUUGAGACGAAGCGAAGAAGGGUACUCGGAUGUACUAGCACAACUCAGCCUGUGCAUAGAUUCCCCUGAAUGAAACAAAAAACAAAAUUUCGAUUCCCUGUUCAGCAAACUCAGCUGGGGCAUUCGCCUGUCUUCCUUUGGCUUUAUCCGCGCAGCUCCGGAACUUUAAAUUUGACAAGUAUUGGACGCCUUGCGCCCGCCCUAUCCUCAAAUAAUGGAAUCUUGCCUUGCGCGUGGGAAUCUGAUCUGAGAUAUGGUGGUGGUGUUCCACGAGUUACGCUUGUAGUCAGGGCACUUACGACACACCAAAUAGCGCUAUUUCAAUGACAAUACAUCUGCCUGGCAAAGUACAACCAGUCUCUGGUGGCCUGAAGAUCACUUUUGCUGUCAAUUCCUCAGCGAAUGACCCAAGCCUUCACCCAAACGUAUGCGGAACGUAGCAUAUCCAGUUCUAGCCAUUUCGAGUACUACACUCUAUCACGUAUUCUACAUCA